AAUUGGAGGAAUGAAUACACCCCAACACAAGAACGAACUGCAACGUGAGUGUCACGAACUACCGGCAAAACAACACGAUCAAUAACUUUAUAGCCUUGCCUGAAUGUUCUUAGAAAUAUCGUCAACCAAAUAUAUAUAGGUAAGACAACUAUUAUGUCUGAAGACGCAAGCCUAGUGCAGGUUGUGCACCUUGGUAAACGUUGACAGCUAGCUAGCUAGCUAACUUUGCUUGAUAGCUAACAGCUUGAUAGCUAAGCUAGCUAGCUGGUUACCUUAUGUAACUUUACCGCGCUAGCAAGAUAGCUCACAGUCUCAGCUGCAGUGGCACUAAGCUUGCUGUUGUUAUUGUGUUUUGAUUCGACUAACUAACUGCUAGCUACUUGUGCUGUUAUUGGACAGACUACUUUACUAGCCAAUGUGUAGCUAGUCAUUGUAUUGUGAUAGUGUUCAUAGCUAUGUUCUUAAUUUUUUUAUGUUCAUAACUAUGAGCCUAUCCAGAUACUUCCACGUUUGACGUUUAGAGGCCACGCCCUACGCCAUCUAUUCCGAUUGCCAUAUCUGUGCUAUGGGGUAUAGUAGGAGUGCCUGGGACAUUAUGUGCCCUGAGGCCGGACAUACUGGCCAACAUCUAUCUAGUCUGGAAAUCCCAGAACUAGGGCAACAGCACUGGAACAUUGUUUAUAUUGUGAGAGGCAACCCGUCUGUAGUAUGGAGACUAACCAACAUCAAUCUCCUUUGAUCAGGGAUUUCUCAGUAGGCUAAUCAUUUUAAAUACAAUUGCCAAACGUUGAUUAUUAGCCUGAAUAAAUAUGUCCUGCCCUUUACUCAACAACUUUUUGCUGCGUGAUCUUCUUGUUGUGCCCCAGGGUCUGUCCUUUGAAAAAAGGCUGGCUUGAUUAUCUGCCAGCCAGCUCAUGGGCACUCAAUGGUCCCGAAGCGAAAGCGACAGCAGUCUUCUGCUCGUCCCGGAGGUUGGGACAGGGUGGCAGAGGGAGGAUGAUGAUGACUCGCUGGAUGGACUGGACAGACAGGAGGACAUUGCUCGGUUCCCUUAUGUAGAGUUUACCGGCAGGGACAGUAUUACCUGUCCAACAUGCCAAGGCACUGGCCACAUCCCCUCAGGUGAGGCAUUUUCUGUCUGGAUUCCUGUCGGCUGGGCAUUGAUUGCUGAACUGAUGUGGUAGGGAUCAUUAUGAUGGUGUUCUCCCAUUUGACUUGUCUCUCUCCUGUGGUCAUUGUCCUUCAGAGCAGGUCAAUGAGCUGGUGGCUCUGGUUCCCUACAACGACCAGAGACUCCAGCCCCAGAGAACGUAAGUUUUACUGCUAACCCUUUUUCUCACCAGCUCAUAACUGGAUUGGUCACAUACAUAACCAUCACAUUCUGUCAUGUUUGGUUGCUACACAGUUUGUUCUUUGGGCAACAUUGAUUGUCAAAGUAAACAGGAAGUGCUAUGUUUGACAGGAAGCUGUAUGUGGUCCUCUCGGCGGUGCUAUGUCUCCUGGCCUCCUCGCUGGUGGUCUUCUUCCUCUUCCCCCGCUCUGUCGUGGUGGAGGAUGAUGGGAUACGCUCUGUCACCGUACAGUUUGAUCACGUCAACGCUAAAGUCCUCAUAAAUAUGACAGUAAGUCAAUAAAUCGCAUGAAGAUGUACUCUGUUAGUUGGACUUAAGAUGGUCAUUUGGCUCAAACUGUGCCUGCUGUUUAUGGUGUGUUCUGCUGACUGUUCAUUUUCACCGGUCCUGUUUGUCAGAGCUCCUUGAACUUCACCAACUCCAACUUCUUCACGGUGAUGGUGGACAGUCUAAGCUGCCAGGUUCUCUAUAUGAAAACAGUCAUAGGCACCAUGCAGCUAGAUAAUGUCAUCACCAUCCAGCCCCUGAGCCAGAGACAGGUAAGGCCUGCUGCAGUCUCAGACGCAGUGAACCAUCACUUGGGACACAUUCAUUCCAUGUUACGUAGUUUAAUGAUUGGCUUGCUUCAAAUAUACCUGUUGUUUGCAUUUCCUGCCUAAACUUCAGUUGACUUCUGGUCUUGAUUCUUUUAAACAUAUUUUUUUACUACAGGUGAAUUUCACAGUCAGCGUUCAGAUCAGUGGAAGCACCUCCUAUGUUUAGUAAGUUAAAGGGACCUGUAUUUAGUUGUUUUUGUUUCAAGUCCUGUCAUUGUUAAUAUAUCAAAUCAAAAUGUAUUUGUCACAUGCGCUGAAUACAAGCCCUUAACCAACAAUGCAGUUUGAAGAAAAUAUAGUUUAAAAAAAUAUUUCGUAAAUAAACGAAAGUAACAAAAUAAAAUAACGAGGCUAUAUACAGGGGGUACCUGUACCGAGUCAAUGUGCGAGGUUACAGGUUAGUCAAGGUAAUUGAGGUAAUUUGCACAUGUAGGUAGGGGCAAAGUUAGAUUUGUGAUUGUGAAGAGGUUCUAAUCACUCUUUCCACCCUGCAGUGCCUUCUGCACCAUGGCAAGCAUCAAGGUUCACAAUAUCGUGGUUAUCAUGCAGUAAGUAUAUCCUACCUCCUUAUUGUGAAACCGUAUCACUUCCAUUUCUACCUUUUGCCAUUUUGUCUUUAUGAUAUUUACUCGUUUUUUUUUAUACAAUUGUUAAUCAGAACUGUGUUCUUUGUUCCCAGGACGUCUGUGAAAACCUCCUACAUGAUGCGCACGGCCCAGAAUACCCUGGAAGCCUACCGCUACAUUGACUGUGGUUCAAACUCCACGGUUCACCAGCCCCCACGCCGACUGUGGCAGUAACCCUGCCUCCCCCACCACCAGCCAGUGGUUAGGCCAAGAGUCCAGCAGCCAGGGACACAGGGACCAAGGUGCUGGGAGCCAGGCCACAAGAACUAGGGAAUAUUCCCAAUCAUUUCAGUCCAAGCAUUUGUUUUGACUUCAGGAUCAUUAGGCUUCAUCACUUGCCUACGUAAAUGCAACAAACACCAGCUCCUCAGUAAAUUAUAUUUAGCUGUUGUGCAUUUGGCUGAAAUUCAAAGGUAUGACUAAUUUACAGGCUGCUGAAGCUGCAACGAUCUUGAUUUUCUGUGGGAAUUAGUUAUCCUUGGCUUGAGCACAGUUACUGGCGUUACUACUGAGUUAUAACUGUGUAUCCUGCUGUGUUAGUCCUUGCAUUUGUAACAUUGAGAGCGUCCGCUCAAAUUUUAAGUGUCCUUUGGUGUGGGUUCAUGUGAUUUCAGGGACUUGGCGUAGUAGGAAUGUAUAAAGUGAUUGACAUUUUAUUUCGCAAAAAGGGAGAUUUGCUCCCUGCUAUUUAUAUCUGGGACUUGACAAGACUAGUCGAGGGAUGUGCCUAAGACAAUUUAUUUGCACCUCAAAAAUGCUACAUAGGGCUAUUGUUUGAUAUGUUUCUCUACGUCAUUUAUUUUCUGCUUUUAAUAAGGGACAGUUACUGUCAGGAGGUACUAAUAUAAGUCAUAACACUCUGUUUGGGAAAUCUGGUUUAACUCAUUUUUCCACUUACAGCCUGAUUUACUAAGCAUUUAUAGCAGUACAAGAUUAAACAGAAGAGUUAUAAUAUAAGACGGUAACGUCCAUAAAGGCAGGUUCAUGUUUUUUAUGGGAUCGUACAUUUUACUGCCCUUUAAUUAUGGGGGAAACUGCAAAUGUUUUGCUAGAGCAUGAUCAGCUAGUAAAUCCAACCCUUAUGUCGGAAGUACAACGUUGUUGACAUGAUUGUAAAAAAAAUUCCUACUAACAGCAUGGUCUUGCCAAGUACGCAGCACACUAGCACAGUGUAUGGACCUCUGUCCGGAGGUCCAACCUGGACUUAAUAACUCCGUAAUGACAUUAACCAGGUCAGCAUGACUAAAAUGUCAUUAACUCACUCACUGUCCUAUUGUGUUGGGUAUCUUCAUAAUGUCAUUUUACAUUCCAAAGCACAGCCUCUUGUUGUCAUAGACCUUUAUAAUAAGCUGAUGAAAUGACUUGAAAUUUGGUUUCAGAGUUUGGUAUUUCGUGAGUGUUAAAAAGCAAUAAGCUUGUGUGGCUUGACAAUGACAGCAAUGUGUUGGCAAGAGCACAACCAGAUCUGAGACCAGGCAAAAUGGAGAAAGGUGAAAGGUGAAAGGUGAAAACAGAUGGUGAGAUGUAAAAAAAAAAAAAAAAAAAAAAAAAAAAAAGUGAUUUGUAUGAUGGAAUAUGACUGA